UUUGAUACUUUGGACGUGGCUUAUUGGUUGAAGUGGAAGGAAAAUCGUAAGGUCUCGGAAUCCCGAGUCAAGAAGUACUAGGUGAUUUCUUCCAAUCUACCUAAGUUUUGAUUGGCAAAGUUACCCAAUAUGUGUGCUGGUGGGAGUAACAGAUAGCCGGUGGAGCAGUCGAGCUAGCCCGAAUACCACCUUAAUCAAAAAAAAUAUUGAUCAUUUUGUGGAUUAUAUUAGGUUUAAUAUCUCAAGAUUUACCUUUAGUUGAAGCCUAUUGGUGAAAGUGUUUUGGUUUCUCCAUAAAUCAGUAAUCCUAAAUCCCAUCUUCAUCUAAGUGAGAUUAAUUUUUUUUUUGCUUGCUUGCCUUUCAAAACUAAAUAUCACCUCAUUGAUGAAUUAUGGCUUUAUUUUUCCUAUCUCGAACAUUUUCCAGAAGUUCUCGAAACUACUUAGUUUGGAUAGCAAGCAACCUGUUGAUUGAGAAUAUCAAAUGGAACAAUUAAUUUAAGAGGUGGACUCUUUUUGUUGAAGCUACUCUGUAUAAGCGCAGUGCCUUGCUUGUGAGAAGUUGAAAUAGUUAACGGGAGAUAACAAAUCAGAAAGGAAAUACUUUCCUCAGCUUUUCUUUUCCUUUUUCCUGUCCAAUUCAUUUUUAUCUAAACGAUCGUUUCGACUUCUAAACUUUCAAUUCCUGUUGAUUUUUUUUUUGUUGUCUUGCUAAUGGUUUAGUCUUUCUUAUAUAUGGUCUUGCCUUGAACUUUAGUCUUUAGAAAGUAGCUGUUUUGUAGUCAAACUACGUAGUUCAAUGCUUCUGAGAAAACAAACGAGGUGGUGAUUACCUGGGCUCUCCAUUGUACCAAUGAAAAGCUCUCCGCUGUCCAUUUAACUUAGAGAUGAUGUGCUAUCUUUUUAAAUUGGAAAACGGAGGAUCCUCUAUUAACCCCUGAACGGAGAGAUCCAAAUGCAUGAAGUAAAUGUUGUAGCACUACAAUGAUGGUGCUUUUUCAAGGUGGACAGGUUGUUUCUUGGAAGAAUGAACGAAGAGAAGAACUGCUAUUCAGGAUUAAUAAGACCCUCUGGAAACCUCCUAAAGCCAUCAGAGGCGGAAUACCUAUCAGCUUCCCACAGUUUGGAAGUUUUGGUUCUUUAGAGCGACAUGGUUUUGCAAGAAACAGAGUGUGGUCAUUGGAUGAUUCUCCUUCUCCUCUACCUGCAGCAAACAGUCAGUCAACCGUGGAUCUCAUCUUGAAAUCCACAGAAGAGGAUCUGAAAACUUGGCCGCAUAGGUUUGAGGUGCGGCUACGUAUCUCUCUCAGUGCUGGCAAACUGACUUUGAUCCCUCGUGUGAGAAAUAUAGAUAACAAGCCAUUCUCAUUCACGAUCUCUCUGCGUAACUAUUUAUCUGUUUCUGAUAUCAGUGAAGUGCGUGUGGAGGGCUUGGAGACACUUGACUACUUCGAUAAUUUACAGCAGAGAGAAAGAUAUACAGAACAGGCAGAUGCAAUUACCUUUGAUAGUGAGAUUGAUAGGGUAUAUCUGAGCACACCAAAGAAAAUUGCCAUAAUAGACCAUGAGAAGAAGAGAACCUAUGUCAUUCAGAAAGAAGGCAUGCCAGAUGCUGUUGUUUGGAAUCCUUGGGACAAAAAAGCCAAGUCUCUCCCUGAUUUAGGUGAUGAAGAUUACAAAAAAAUGCUGUGCGUGGAUUCAGCUGCUGUUGAAACUCCGAUUGUCUUAAAGCCCUCUGAGGAGUGGAAGGGGCGGCAAGAGCUCUCUACUGUAUCUUCAAGUUAUUGCAGUGGGCAAUUGGACCCUAGGAAAGUUCUUUAUGGCCUUGCCUGAUCUCGUUCAUGGUGGGAUUGAGGUGCUAUUUCUACGAGUCUAUUUUUGUAUACUAUGCGCGCUGUUUUACUAUUCCACAAACACCUAUUCAUGUUUGGUUUGUCAGUUUCUGGAGGGUUAAAUUUAACAUUACUGGAUCUAUUCUAUAAGCACAUAAUUUUAGCUGCAGGUGGUUCACUGA